AUUAGGCUUUCAAAUAAAUAUAAAACAAACAUUUAGUAAGGUAAUGAAACUAGGCUUUUAUUGGGCUUAAUAAUAGCUCUGACUUUAUAUGGAUCCAAGCUGGCCCAUAAACUCAACUCACUCCCCGUAAACCGCCGGAGAUGGAAACGCGCCGCUUAAAAACACCAUGACAUUGUCUCUCCCUCUCCCAAUCAACACUAUUAUAAAUCUCCCGAGACCCCUUCUGCUGGGCCCUCCUUCUCGUUGCCGUUUCUCAACCGUCGCCUUUCGUCCUUCAUCGCUUCUCCACAUUUCCGGCGUCGUUUCUCGGAAUCUGUGUCGUUACUGGUUCUCGACGAUGACGACGGCUGCUAGAGUGGAGCAAGAGGAGGAUAAGCAAUCAAAAACCUCAGUCGAACUGAAGGAGAAGAUCGAGAUCACUGAGAAAGAGCGGGAGAUUUUCGAUCGGCUUCUCGGUACGCUUCGGUUUUGCAACCUCGACACGCAGCUCCGAGUCGCCGGCGGUUGGGUGCGCGAUAAGCUUCUAGGGAGAGAUAGUGAUGAUAUUGACAUAGCAAUCGACAAUAUGUAUGGAAGUGAGUUUCUCGAUAAGCUCAAGGAGUAUUUAGCUUCUAGAGGCGAACAAGUUCAAGGCGACACUGUUAUUGAAAGGAAUCCUGACCAAUCCAAACAUUUGGAGACGGCCAAGAUGCGCAUUUAUAACCAGUGGAUAGAUUUUGUUAACUUGAGAUCUGAAGAGUACACGGAGAAUAGUCGUAUUCCAACAAUGAAAUUUGGCACCCCAAAAGAGGAUGCUUACAGGAGAGACUUAACCAUAAAUAGCUUGUUCUACAACAUUAACACUGGCUCAAUAGAAGAUCUUACAGAAAGAGGCAUCGAUGACCUUAAGUCCGGACGAAUUGUCACACCAUUGCCUGCAAAAGCUACAUUCUUGGAUGAUCCUUUGCGAGUUCUCAGGGCUAUUCGCUUUGGUGCAAGAUUUGGUUUUACGCUGGAUGAAGAACUAAAACAAGAUGCUUCAAGCGAGGAAGUUAGGGUAGCUCUUGGUGAAAAAAUUAGCAGAGAGCGGAUUGGGAAUGAAGUUGAUUUGAUGAUAUCUGGGAAUGGGCCAGUUUCAGCAGUAACGUAUCUUUCUGAUCUGAAACUGUUUGGGGUUGUCUUUGCCUUUCCUGCUUCAUCCGAGCCUGCACCAUCAGAGAAUUGUGGCAGCAUCUGCAAAGCAUACUUGGAAGCUAUGUGGAGUCUCAUUCAAACACCUGGGCUAGGAAAGUUCAGCGGUGAACAAAGAAGGCUUGCUCUGUAUGCUGCUCUGUUUCUCCCCUUUAGGAAAACCGUCUACAAAGACAAUAAGGGCAAAAUGAUCCCUGUUGUCAACCACAUAUUCAAGUUCUCCAUGAAGCGGAAGACCAGUGAUGCUGAAACGGUUAUUAAUAUACAUCGUACCACCGAGAAAUUCCUAUCGCUGAUUCAUUCCCUCCAGUUGAAGAAUGGCGCACAAGUAGACAAGCUUGAUUGGGCCACUGAUAUUCUCGAGCACUGGAAGUCCAUCUCCGUUGAUGAUCCAGAGAUCCCAGAAACUUCGAAAAUAAGAGUACUCACAGGGUUUCUUCUUAGAGAUAUCAAAGACUUCUGGCGUGUUGCACUCUUAACGUCUCUGUUGUUGAGUGUGGUUGACGGCAUGAAGGAAGAUCAAGAAACUGGGCAGCUGGACUUCCAACUGGAGAAGCUGCGAGAAAGUUAUCUAACAAUCGAGGAAACCAUUUGUGAAUUGGGUCUUGAUAACAUCUGGCAUGUAAAGCCUCUGGUGAAUGGCAAUACGAUCAUGCAAAUUACAGAGCUUAAAGGAGGAUACCACAUCCGAGAAUGGCAACAGAAACUUCUCACAUGGCAGCUAGCUUAUCCCAAUGGCUCUUCAGAAGAAUGCAAGGAUUGGAUGAGACAAGUAAAAGCAAAACGACAACGGACAGAAUGAUGACUUUAGAAUCUGGUGCCUCACUGGCUCACUCUGCUUAUGUCUAGUCUUUAAGUAUGAUUUGAUCAAAUAGCAUAGGCAUUCCAUUUCCAUUAACCCGAAACAAAACAAGAAAACAAGUUUCAUUUUCAUAUUAACGUAAAA